ACCUUGUUAGAAAUUUUUUUUUCUUUAUAUUAUUAGAAAAGAAAUUAACUUGAGUUCUUUAAGAUUCUUAGUAAAAGAGAAAAGAAAAGGGAAGCUCGAUUCGAUCGAGACAAGGAGUCCUUGUCCUCAGCGUCUGAAUAGUUCUUAAACUGUCAAAUAACUUGGUUGGCAUAGGGUGUGAACCAAUCAGUCUCAUCCAAAUUUGUAGUGUUAUGGGGUGGUUUCUGUCUUUCACAUGGAUGACGCUGGUACUGAAAAAGACAAGAAAACGUUGUAGGUAGCAAGCAAUUUCCCCAGUUAUCUUCGCGCAAGGCCAUUUGUUUUUUCAGUCUUUGUGAUAGAUGCAAACAUGGAGAUUCUUGCUGUUUUCUUGGUUGGUUUAUGCUGUGUUUUGCAAAGCAGUGGAAUUGAAGUUGAAGCCUUGGAGAAUAAUGGAUGCCAGAAUUUUCAGCCUCACACGGUUAUGAUGCAAGAAAAGCAGUCAUAUAGAACCUCCUUUCACUUCCAACCACCAAGAAAUUGGCUUAAUGGGCCAAUGUGGUAUAAGGGGGUUUAUCAUUUAUUUUACCAAUACAAUCCAUAUGGAGCAUUGUUUGGUGAUUUUAUGAUAUGGGCGCAUUCUGUAUCAUAUGAUCUCAUCAACUGGAUUCAUCUCAAUCAUGCCCUUUGCCCAACGGAACCAUAUGACAUCAACAGUUGCUGGUCUGGUUCUGCUACAAUUCUUCCUGGGAAAGGACCUGUCAUUUUAUACACUGGAAUUGAUGCUAACCAUUGUCAGGUUCAGAAUAUGGCAAUGCCAAAGAAUCUGUCUGAUCCAUUUCUUGAAGAAUGGAUAAAAUUUGCUCAAAAUCCUAUCAUGACACCUCCUGAUGGUGUUGAAGGGAACAAUUUUAGAGAUCCUACAACAGCUUGGUUGAGUCAUGAUGGAAAAUGGAGUGUGAUCAUUGGAAGCUGGAACAAUAAUCAAGGAAUGGCAAUUCUGUAUCGAAGUGAAGAUUUUUUUAACUGGACUAAGUACCAAGAUCCUCUUUAUUCAACUGAAAGAACUGGGAUGUGGGAGUGCCCGGACUUUUAUCCUGUGUCUGUUAAUAGCACGGAUGGAGUAGAUACUUCUGUCCUGAAUGCGGGUGUUAAACAUGUGAUGAAGGCAAGCUUCAAUUCUCAUGACUAUUACAUGAUUGGUACUUAUGUCCCAGAGAUAGAAAAAUACAUUCCUGAUAAUGACUUUACCGGUACCGGUAUGGACUUGAGGUAUGACCAUGGAAAAUUUUAUGCUUCAAAGACAUUCUUUGACAGUGUCAAGAAUAGGAGAAUCUUAUGGGGUUGGGUAAAUGAGUCUGAUAGCAUAGAAGAUGACAUGGACAAAGGAUGGUCUGGACUUCAGUCUAUUCCUAGGCACAUUUGGUUGGAUAGGAGUGGAAAGCAAUUAGUGCAGUGGCCCAUUGAGGAAAUCAACAAACUACAUGGCAAGAAAGUCAGUUUCCUUGAUAAGAAAAUUGAUAGUGAGUCAAUAUUUGAAGUUGAAGGCAUUACUGCUGCACAGGCAGAUGUGGAGGUUGUUUUUGAGUUGCCAGAACUGCAAGAGACUGAGUUCUUGAACCUUACUGCAGUUGAUCCUCAGCUACUUUGUUCUGACGCAAAUGCAUCAAUCAAAGGCAGAUUGGGUCCAUUUGGUUUAUUAACUUUAGCAACGAAGGACUUAACUGAACAAACUGCGAUUUUCUUUCGGAUAUUUAAAGGCCUGAAAGGAUAUGUAGUACUCAUGUGCAGUGAUCAAAGCAGAUCUGCUCUUCGAGAUGAGGUCGAUAAAACCACAUAUGGAGCUUUCAUAGAUAUCGACCCUCAGCGUGAAAAUAUUUCAUUAAGAAGCUUGAUUGAUCACUCCAUUAUUGAGAGUUUUGGUGGGGAAGGGAGAGCUUGCAUCACCAAUAGAGUUUAUCCUAAGUUGGCUAUUCAAGAAGAAGCUCGCCUGUUUAUAUUUAACAAUGGAACCCUGAGCGUGACGAUCUCUAGUCUGAAUGCUUGGAGCAUGAACAAAGCCCAAAUCAAUCACAAAGAAAACUUCAUUUAAAAAGGAAGGAGCAUCGCAUGGCCUCUGCAGUCUGCUUUAGUGUCUUGAGUGCAAUGGAUGUAAGAUCUUUUGGCUGGUAUAGGUGUCUUUACAACCAAUGAGUUGGCUGAUUUACCAUCCAAUCUACUUUGUUUUUAAUUUUUAUGUCUCCGGGGCUUCUAUACUUGGAGAAGGUCAAUGUAUUCUCUUUUGUGCUUGCAAAUGUCGUUUACCCUUAAAAGCUGAAACAGAGAAGAGAAAUAGAAGUUUACCAAUGGUCCUAUCAAAAAAACUGCAAUGAUGUCAGCUACCUUUCGAGGCUUUAUGCUUCUUGGACAUCUAGAUUUGAGUUUUUCUAAUUCUUCAUUCCUUGUCUAUCAAGAGAUUCAAAUUCGAAACAAGCUAAUCUUGUUUUUUUA